GGCACGAUAUAAGGUUUCAACAUGUGGGCCAUCAUGAGACGACCAAUUCUGCAUGGCGAGACAUGCCAGCAGCUGGAGGGCAGACGACGGCUUUGUGACUUUCAGAGUAACAUGUGGCUUCUGCCGUCACAUUUGCACGUUUUGAAGCUAAAGAUGCGCACUCAGAACUCGAAGCUGGUGCUUCCAGCGGAACACUUCGUGGAGGCCCCGCCUAGGGCCUUUCCAUUACCUCAGGUGCCGCCUGGGCUCAUGUCCACUAUCGUGGAGCGCGUAUCACCGCCAACGGCAUCGGAGCAUCUCCCAAUGAUUCUAGACACGAAGGAUCCUGGCGUUUAUUUUUGGCGGUUAUCCACGAUGGAUGAGUUUCUAGAUGCGAGUUUUCUCUGGUGCGAGAUGUGCUUCCCGCGCAAUUGGCUUUUGUGCUCCUCUAACGUGAUUGCGUGGCCUCAGAGUCCUCUCCAGCCGCUGACGAUUCUUAACGCGCAGGAAACGACUAACCCUUUUCUGCUCGAUCCCCUUCUAGAACAUGUGAACCUGGUGGAUGGCAAGCCGCUGUCGAAAUCCCUCAGCAGUGGCUUGACGACGGUGGCCGCGCAAUUCGGGUACUUAUCGUUUGCCUGGCUCGAGGCCUGCAACGCGUCGCCAGAUGUGAGAAGUCGUGCUACACCUCACUCGGUCUUAGUUCUGGAGAGGAUGUGUCUUUUACAUAUUUCGCAGCUCUCUAUCGAGACUCAACGGAAGCUAAUGAUGAGUGCCUCUCGCUUUGUCCUUUUAAGGUCAGCCAUUUCAUCUUUUGUCUACAUUACACACGAAGGGUGGGUCUCUGAGUCGCGUUUAAGGCUUACUGAGAAAAUUGAACGAUCUGACAUUCCUCCUCUUGCUGAAGGAAGCCCCCGCCAGCCUUUAUUAUGGGUGGCUGACAAUGCAGGUGACGAUAUGGAUGAGUCAGAUAAAUAUCUUGUUCGGUACCGUUGUUCUCAACGCCUCUUUUUUAACGUUUCUCAAUUGACGACGAAAAAAGCGUUAAUUUCAUGA